GGUCUUAAAUCUACCAACAAGCCUGAAGGCACAAGUGCUGUCAAAAAAAAAAAAAAAACGAGGAGAGAAGUGGGGAGUGCCGAAACUCUCAUCGGCGUCCCUUCCACACCCUGGGUCCUCAGGCGGCGGCAGCGGAAUGGCGGUGCCGGCGUGGAUGCGGAGGCAGAUGGACCAGAUCCUGGAGCUGGACAUGGAGGAGCUCGAGGUCGAAGAGGUCGACGACUCCGGCUCGUCCUCCUCCUCCGACGUCGCCACCUUCCUCAGAAAUACUCAUGGAGAUGGAGAGACUAGCACUUCUGGAGAGUUUACAGUCAAUAUGUCUCGGGCUUCCCUGAACACAUAUGUUGGUGAGAUUGAUGAUACCCGGGGCAGAUUUGCUUUCUUGGAUGGUGGUGCAGUCCUCAGUUUACCUAUGCUUUCUCUUCAAGGAUUUGUUUUGUUUCCUGAAGCUACCCUGACUCUUAGAGUAACUCAACCUAGAUUUGCAGCAGCUGUUGACAAGGCUAUUAAUCAUGUUGAUAAUCCAUGCAUGAUAGGUGUGGUUCAUGCCUGCCGACACGUAAAUGAUGGGCAUCAUGCUAUUGCUUCAGUUGGCACAACAGCGGAGAUACUCGAAAUUAGGCGAUUGGAUGAUGGCUCGUCAAAUGUUAUCACUCGAGGUCAGCAGCGGUUUCGCCUUUGGCGCAGUUGGGUCGACAUCGAUGAAGUACCAUGGGGUGAGAUCCAAAUCAUCGAAGAAGACACGCCUUUAAGAACUCCAAGGGAUGCAUUUGGACAGUUAGCUGCAAGUAAUACCUUCAAGCAAUGUGAUUCAUCAGUGCACAGUUUUGGUGUAUCUUGUUUCAAGCAAAAAGAUCUUAUGGAUUCUGAUCUUGAUUUGGAUUCUCUGUCAUAUACUAGUACUUCAAGUGACCAUUCAGUAACAGAUACAGGAAUAUACUAUUCCUCAAAUGAAGAUGAAGAUCUCAUGCCUGAACUGUCUUGGCAGAAGCAUGGUUCUGUGAAUGAAUUUGGUGCAUUAAGUCAGCCAGUCAAGGAUAUCACCAUCGGAGAUGAUGAUGAUCUUUGCUUUGCACCCCCUGAAUCCUUAUCACCAGUGAAAAAGAAAGAUGCUGGGCAACAGAGACAAUACCGUGCUGCUUAUAAUUCAAAGAUGGCCCCAUUAUCGUUUUGGCCCCAAUGGGUUUACAAUAUGUACGAUUCAUAUUCACUUGCACGCAAGGCUGCAGAUUUGUGGAAUCAGAUAAUUGCAGAGCCAGGCAUGGAUGAUUAUGUGAGAAAACCAGAUAUUUUGUCGUUUCUUAUUGGAAGCAAACUACCCGUGUCAGCGUCUAUGAGACAGGAAUUGCUUGACGUUGAUGGAAUAUCAUAUCGGUUGCAGCGGGAGAUUCAGCUACUCAAGGCCUUCAAUCUCGUACGGUGUAGAAAUUGCCUGGCUCUCAUAGCUAGACGGAGUGACAUGGUGAUACCGUCUAGUGUUGACCAAUGUGGUGCUCAUGUCAUGCCGUUGUUGUACAAAGGUGCGCAGGAGGUGAUAACAGUGCACAACACAUCUGGGCUCGCACUCCAUGGCAAUCCUUCUGAUGCUCACAGCUGGUUCCCAGGAUAUACGUGGACGAUUGCGCUGUGUGCUGCCUGCGAGUCCAACAUCGGCUGGCUGUUCAGGGCUGACAAAAGGAACCUUCUUCCGAAGUCCUUCUGGGGUGUCCGCAUUUCCCAAACUAAAGAUGGCACACAAUCGGCCAAGGACCGAUCGUCCGUAUGAGGUUGUGGUCGUGGUUCUCAGCGUGAUUCUCCUCAUCUUUCAGCUGACCCAGUAACCUAUCUUCGCCUUCCUAGAACUGCACAACAAAGGGUCCCUUGUGCAACAUCAACGGCCUGCUCGUUUGAAACCACGCUGUAUGUGGCCUGACGAUUUCGUCUAGAAUUUCGACUCAAGAUCGACUUUGUUCAGUCCCCAUGCAGAAUGCUGAAUGUGGCUUGACGAUUUCAUCUAGAAUUCUAACUCGAGCUCGACUUUAUUCAGCUGGGUACAUAGCUUCGAAAAUGGUCUUACUGUA